GUUUUUGGUGUAUAAUAUGAAGAGAAAAAAAACAACCCAUAAAGCAUUCAAACAGUUGGCGGUAGUGACGGCCGGAUUCUGGAGCCGGGCACUGUGGGCAGAGCGGAGAGAGAGUCCCGGGACCUCCGGUCCAUUCUGCGGGGCUACAGGAGGACUCCCCACAGCCAGCACUGCGGGGGCCAGUGCGGCUCGGUUACUGUGCUGUCUUGGGAGUGCCUUACCCACAGCUUAUUGCAGCCAUGGCUGUGAUCGGGAACUUCUUUAGUAACUUGAGGUCUUUGGCAAUCACUUUGGAGAAGGAGACUGCGCAUAUUGAACAAGUCUUCUCCCAAGAAGAGAAUGAAUAUGAAGAUGAAUCUCCAAUGAGAAUGCUGCAUGAUCUGCGUUCAGAGAUGAUGGAAUUGAAGACUGACAUCCAAGGCACCAUUGAUAAAACUCGCUGGAAAGGGCAAGAAGUGAUGUCUUUCAUGAAGAUGUGUAAAGUGCUGCAGCAGAGGAACGCCUCGGACCUCCAGCAGAUAAAAGACACCUUUCAGAAGUACGGCUAUAAACCCCUCGAUGGUGAUGCAUCAGACAAUGAGAUGACAGAUGAAACAGAGAAUGGUGAUGAGAAUAAUCACAAUACUGAUCCACAAGCUCCGCCUCCUCCACCAGCCCUUGACAAACAGCCAGCAUGGGAUUUAAUGCGGGUCCCCCAGCUCUCAGACUUCGGCUUGUCUCGCUACCAGCUGCCUUCAGCAUGGGAGCCACAGAGCAAUAAGAUGCACGUCCGCAGCGCACUGGAAGUAAAGCCUGAGCCGUCCUAUAAAGAGAUCUGCUCUGUACAGGUAGCCAAGACCCCAAAGUGUGCCCUGACCAUGGAGGAUGAUGACUUCUCACAAAUACAGCACUUCGGGAUCAGCGACUAUAACACAAAGCUGAAUGAUGACUACACCCUAGCACUUAUGAACAAGAAAAAGGGAAGUGGUCCUGAAAAAUCAAAGGACACAUCAAGAAGCUUGAAAACCAUUCUAGCUACGCCUGCGCACUUGACGUAUAAGAAUGAUUUCUCCAAUGUGGAUUCCCCAUUGGCACCGGUGUUCUACACCCCGGGACUGAAGGUGCAUAAGAAAAGAGCUGACUGUGGUCUGCAGGAUGGGGACAGUGAAAUAGAGCACCAUGGCAGCGCCGCAGAUGUGUUGGAUGAUGCUGCCACCCUAACAAGCUCCACAAGGGACAUGAAAUGUCACUUUACUCUACCUGCCUACCAGUCACUGAGAAGUGAUAGAGAAAUUGUGGACUCUCCUCAUCCGCCCAAGUUCUGCACACCUGGACUCAAGGUUCAUAAGAAAGACCUUGGCUGCGGGGCUGAAAAAUCCUUGGAGAGUAAAGGAGUGGUAGAACGUCUGGACACUCCACCCGUGCCAAGCUUUGAGACCAAGUGGCUUAACAGUGAUACUAUGGCAAGAUCACUGGACAUCACAGAACCAAUACCUAGACCGGAGCUUUCCCAUAAUGUGUACUUAGAGGAGGCCGUCCAGCUGGUUUUAAAAUCUGACAAACAUUAUGGAAACCCAACUAAAGCCGCCUCUCCCCCCAAGAUGUGGGAUUUCCAAAUCAGUACUCCGCCACGUCCCGAAAUGACGACCUCUCUAACUGAAGACUUAUUCAAGUACAAUAUGAAGCUGGCCUCUCCUCCCAAGGUGAAAGAGUAUGAGAAUUUACUGAAGACACCCGUCCGCCCGGAGAUGACGUCCUGCAUGACUGAGGCUAUCCCACAGAUAUCUCAGUACGGUAAAGCAAAGCCAUCAUGGGACAAUCCACAAGGCACCUCUAUUGGGAAAGGAGGCAUGGAGAAUAAAGAGAACAGACCCUGAUAAGCGGGAUAUUGGAUCGUACAGCUCGUUAGCUUCUCUAGGAUAUAUCUGGAGAUUCAUCUCACCAUUUGAAAGAAACUCACGUGAAUAAACUUUUAGUUGUAUACUGUAACUUUGUACAUUUUUCUGUGGUUUGUGUCCACAGUAUUUCUGUAAUGUCCGUAAUCAUGCAGCACAAGUAAAGGCAAUGUUGUGAUGUUCACAAACACAUUAUCUUGUGUUGCGUAUCCUGGUAUAAAUCUUUUACAGAAUUAAAUUGGCAGGGACAUUAAGGAUGAUGUUGUGACUGUCAAUACACACACCGUUUGUAGUUCUAAUAUGUAUAUAAUAAAUAUUUGCAUUGAUAAA